GGUUUGUAGACGAGAUUGCAAUCCAACUCAAUCCUCCCUUCUUGUGCCUUAUAUAAACAAACUUUUCAUAAUGUUGUUGUGGUGGUAGUGACAAGAAGGAAGGAAAAUGCAGUUGGUUACCACAUAGGGCGUUGGGAUAUGAACUAAACCAUCAUUUAAUCCAAGUAAAGCCCCCUCAAAGAAUGGCUAAUUCGAAGAAAAAGCUCGCCAAGAUAUGCGUAUCAACAAUGGAGGCUGAUUUAGAGUUUCCAGUUCACUCUAAGAUUACUGGAAGAAUACUGUUUGAAUUAGUCUGCAAAACAAUUGGGUUAAGAGAGUCAUGGUACUUUGGCCUUCAGUAUAAAGACUGCGAUAGCAUAUUUUGGUGGCUAAGAAUGGAUGAAAAGGUGGUAGAUCAAAUAUCAGACAAAAAUGGCAACCUCAGAAGACUAAAUCUUUUGGUUCAAUAUUUCCCAGAAGAUAUCGAGGAAGAUCUAAUUCAAGAGAUUACGAAACAUCUAUUUUUCUUGCAAAUUAAGGAGGCAGUAUUAAAUGAGGAUAUAUACUGUCCUGCGGAGGCUUCAGUCCUUCUUGCAUCAUAUGCACUCCAAGCAAAAUAUGGAGAUUGUGAAGAGAAAAUGAGCCAGCCCGGCUGUUUAGCAGAUGAGCAAUUGCUUCCAGUGCGGGUAACAAGCCAGUAUCAGCUGACUGCCGAAAUGUGGGAAGAGAAGAUUGUUUCUUGGUAUGCAACACAACUUGGAAUGUGCAGGUGUGAAGCAGAAACAGAAUAUCUGAAAAUCGCCCAAGACCUAGAAAUGUUUGCGAUUAGCUAUUACCCCAUUAAGAAUCGGAACCAGACUGAUUUGUGGAUUGGCAUCCAUCCGUCUGGCAUAAGCGUCUACAGCCAAGACAACAAACUCACCCCAGUUGUUUCAUUUGUGUGGAGCGAGAUGAAAGACAUUUCCUUCAAAAAUAAAAAGUUUCGCAUUGUCCCAGAAGACAGAUUUGCACAUCCUUUUAUAUUUUACUCAGACAAUCCUGAAGUGAAUCGUCAGAUAUUGGACUUGUCAAUUACGAACCACAGUCUUUAUUUACGAAGACGAAGGCCUGAUACGAUGGAAGUACAGCAAAUGAAAGCACAAGCAAAAGAAGAAAAAUUGCGACGAGAGAACGACAGAUUACGUUUCAUACGAGAAAGAGAGGCUAGAGAAGCUGCUUGUAGAGAAAAUGAGGAGCUGAGAAGGAGGCUUGAAGAAUAUCAAAACGAACUGGAUAGUUACAGGGAAUCAAUGGAGCGAUCCGAAGAAACGACAAAUUUGCUAGCUGAAAAGGCAAGAAUUGCGGAGGAGGAAUCUGGUCUACUGUUGAGGAAGGCAGCUGAUCUUGAGAAGGAGAUUUUCAGAUUAAAUCUAGCUAUGUCAGAGAAAGAAGUCCAAGGUGCAAUGUUGGAAGGGAAAAUAAGAGAACAUGAAAUGAUGAUACGAACUGUCUUGGACCAGUCGGAACAGAGCAUGAGAAGUGCUGACAUGUUGAAAGACGAGCUUCAAAGAGCGCGACACUCCGAGAGACUCGCCAAAGAGAAACUUGUGCAGCUCAUGGCCACACCCAAUUUUAUGCCUUCGGUCAGAACAGAGCCAACUGUGAAUGGAGCAUUAGAAAAUGAGCUGCUGCUUUCACGCGAAAUGCAAGAAGAAAGGCUAGAUUAUUUCAAGAAAAGCAGGGAAUUACAGAAACAAUUGUUAGACUUGAAGUCAGAAAUUGAGGGACUAAAAGUUGCUGGAAAGCAAGACCCCCUGGAACUGAGGCAUCUUGAAAGCAUCGAGAGAGGGGAGAAUAAAUAUGCUACUUUAAGAAAGGUAACGGAGGGCAGUGCAAGUGCAAGGGUGGAGUUUUAUGAACGGCUGUGAUUGAAGAAUGUUUGUGUGAUGCAGGAAAUAUCUCCAUUUAUCAAUUAUAGACAAUAGUUUUAAAAAUGCAGGUCUCUUACAAUGAAGAAUUUUCAAACCCAUAAAAUGUCUCUCGGAAAGGCUUUAAGAAAUUGUGAAAUCAAAACCUUGCGGAAACUUCUCUUCAAAGACCUCUGUUCUCUACAGAGCAUCUUUUCUCGUAUAGGUAACAUCUUUAUGCAAUGUGUGAAUCUGCAUCUUCUUUUCUUCUACUUUUUCUUCCUCUUCUUCUUCUUUUUCUUCUUCCUUUUUUCUUCCUUUUUCUUCUUCUUUUUCUUCUUCUUCUCCUUCUUCUUUUUCUUCUUACUUUUUCUUCUUCUUUUUCUUCUUCUUCUUCUGCAGCUUUUCUUGUCUUUGCAUGGGGGCACUGUUCCUCGAGAGUUUCUUCCAUUCUUCUCUAUCUCCUACUUUGUGUUCAUUGAUGUUCUGUUCCCGCGUAUUUUCUUUCAGUCUGUCUUUCCAUCUAAUUUUAGGUCGCCCUCCUCUUCUGUGUCCUGGGAUUUCCAUUGUCAUGACUCUUCUUCCAGCAUAGUCCUCCUCUCCUCUCGUCACAUGACUAUACCAAUUAGUCUUCUUUCUUGCGUCAUUGAAUUUUGAUCUGCAUCUUCUGGCAAUAUUUUGCGAAUUGUGCGGCGUUGAAAAUGAAGAUAGCUUAGAAUGCCAGGUCACGUCUCUACUCAGCAGUUUAAGGCCAUGAGAAAAUGUUAUGGUAUUAGGAUACUCAAUUUAGAUUUGGAAACAUUUUUGCUUGCUAAGUUUUGUAGCUAUAAUUUGUAAAUAUUUGUCAGAAAAUUAAAAACGUGGAUAGAAUGGAUUUAUAGUAUGUUUGCUAAUUAGAAAAUCUGUUUACCUUUAGUUUAAUUUUUGUUAAUUAAGCUGGCUGUUAGUGAGAUUCGUUUUAAGUGACCGUACGUCUUGUUAUUUAUACAGUGCUGGUGUAUUGUUUUUAAUAAUGUAAGGUUAAAUGUUAAAGGUCUGAGCACUUGCACUUUUUGUAUAGCAGGAACUUGUUUACUUUUUCAUUCUGGUGAUGGGGUUUCUUUGCUUUGUUUUGAAGUAGCCAACAUCUCUUUUUAGGAAAUAUGUCAUUGAAAAUAGAUAUCAUUGUGAAAAUGUUCAGCCUGAUUAGCCAAUGCCAAUAUCCCCGAAUUCCACAUCACGCCCCCUUUCUUCCCAUUCCAAGUAAAAGUUUUCUUAGAAAUAAUUUCUAAGGAUUCUUAUGAAGUUUAUUUCGAUUUGUAAAAGAGAAUGUAAUGUUUUUAAUGGAGUAUUUUCAAUCGUUUUUGUACAAGUUAAGAUGAAUGAAGAUUGUUUAUAUUGUGCCUUAAAUCGAUCUGUUUUUAUGUGGAAAUAGUGUACCAAACCUUCUUUACUGACACAAGCUAAACCGCUCCCUACUGAAUAACUGACACUAGAUGUGCAUGUUCUUAUUUUGUGUCAUCAUUCGUGUAUCAUGUACUUUCAUUUUCCUGCUAUCCUUAUCUUCACCAACCAGCAGCAACCUGGUCCUUUUUUAUGUUAGUACUUAAGAGUCCUGGGUCUUAUGGUCUUAUGGUCUUAGGGUCUACCGUAUGCCGUC